GCAACACUAUUGUGAAAAUAAAAAUAAGGCUGAUCUGUCAUCAACGUGGGGUAUUGCAGUAUUCAUAGUCAUUAUCAUUGAAUAAAGGAAGGUUCUUCCUUUGAUUAUAACGUAUAAACACAUUUGGCAUGUGUUAUUAAAUAAUUUAAGGUAAAAAAAUGGCUUAUAAUCCACAACCAGCUAGUGAUCAGUUUUUAUGGGAUGUUUUUAUGAGAGUGGAUCGUGAUCGGAGUGGCUCCAUUACAGCUAAUGAAUUACAAGCUGCUCUUUCAAAUGGUACUUGGCAACCAUUUAAUCCAGAAACAGUCCGGAUGAUGAUAGGUAUGUUUGAUAGGGAUCACUCUGGGACCAUAAAUUUUGAAGAAUUUAAAGCUCUUUGGAGGUAUAUUACUGACUGGUUAAACUGUUUUCGCAGUUUUGACACAGACCGCUCUGGUAAUAUAGACCAAAAUGAGCUGAGGAGUGCUCUGACUAGUUUUGGUUAUCGUCUUAGUGACAGGUUUUACUCCUUGCUAGUCCAAAAGUUUGACAGAGAUGGAACUCGCACAAUUAAAUUUGAUGAUUUCAUUCAAUGUUGUGUUAUGCUGCAGAGCUUAACUGCUGCCUUCAAAUACCAUGACACAGAUUUGGAUGGAUGGAUUAGGAUUUCUUAUGAAGAGUUCUUGACUCUUGUUUUCAGUUUAAAAAUGUGAUGAAUUCCUUCUUAAAAAUUCAUUCCAUAAAUUGAAGGGACGUUAAGGCUGAGCUUGUUUUUAUGGUGUCCUGGUGCAUAGAAUGUUGCCAAAAGUUGGAUCAUCUGUUAGAAUUUAAAUUUCAUUAAUCUCUUAUUGUUAUACACAUGCAUAUCUUUUCUAUUUCCUUGUAUUUCUACUUCUGAAAUAAUUAAAAAUUUUAUUAUCAUUCA